AUGUCACGUCUUGGUUAUCGUGCGCACUCCCUGUACUGGGAAGGGUUGAAUUAUCAUUCUCACAGCGAACAUACUAUCGUUGCUACGUCUGUAUCCAUCGUAUUGUUGUUUGUCGGAUUUGUGUGUCGGGUCUUCAAGCUUCAUCAGAGCUUCUCGAAGUUUCUUGAUCACAGCAUUCGACGGAGAAUCAGUCGUUCACUUCGUAUACCGCUUCGUGUGGUUUACGACUGGUGCCAUGUUCAGGGCUCCCCUCAAAGCCUGAAGAGGUACUUGUUUUAUCGGCCUCUAUUAGCACUCUUUCUUACUGCCCGAGUAUCCGCCGAUACGUGGAACUCCAUGUUCUUUGAGGUGUGGUGGCUCAUGAUCAGUUUCAUUUGGGGUGUGGAGCGUUUAUUCAAUACAACAGCUAUCGUACCAAGUAAGGAGGACACAAAAUGGACUUUUGGUCAGGUCAUGUCCGUUGCUCUCCUUGCGAUACCCCUAGUGACGGUCGUUGAGCUGCUUUAUCCAGAACCCGAGAAACAAAAGAAAAACACACAGCAAACCAAAAGAACCUGCCUAUCAUUUGAUCAGAACCAGGGCCGCUCUAGUCUCGAAUACCUCGACGAGCUGCCUUCGCCAAUUGCACGGGAUCUCACCCGCACCUCGCACCUCGAGGUCAACGAUCAUCCCGACUACGAACUGUAUUACGCAUCCGGUUCCCUGAAUGUGCCGGCUCUGACGCUAACCCUAUCAGUCGUUUUCAUCUCACUCUGGUGUCUCGGUCAGGCGUCAAUGUUCAACGGCCUGACGGGACUCGGCUUUUUGCAAAUAUCCUUUUACCCCUGGGGCGCAAUGCCACUGGUAUUGAUAUUCAGCAUCUACAACAGCAUCCUUUUCUCAUUUAUGGGAACUGGUAUUGGGGGCAGGGAACGAGGCAGCCGAGAGACUAAACGCUUCCUUGUGCAAUUCUCACAUGUCUUCGUGACGAUCUUCUUUAUUGCCAUCACUGUCUUCAUGUUUCUCUAUGUUCGGGGUGGCGGGGAAUGGGUCCAGUGGGUGGCCGUUGGCGUAUUUGGCGUUGCUGCCUUGGUAGAGAUCGUCGCUGGACACAGCCUUGCGGCGAAGUUCAUUGAGAAGCCGAUUCCCGCAGUGGAUUUAUGCUUCAUGAGAUCCAAAAUUGGACUAAUCCAAGGUCGCUUUUAUGUGCCAAACCAGCCAAUUCUAACUCCUAAAAACGUCCUUCCUAUAUUUUUGGUCAUUGGGGUUUUAUUGAUCCCUAUCGGCGGAGUUCUCAUUUGGGCGAAUUCUUUGGUUCGUGAGAUCGUGAUCGACUAUUCGGAUUGUUGGAAGGCUGCGCCGCUGGACUCAUCUAUAGCCAUCCCCGAUAAUGUACAGACGACAUUCAAGUCAAAGACCAGACAAGAUCCCCACUGGCAGCGAACACACGACCCAGCGACGAAUACCACCACAUGUUCUUUGUUCUUUGAUAUCCCGGAGACACUGGGACCGCCGGUAUAUCUAUAUUAUCGGCUUACAAACUUCUAUCAGAACCAUCGCAGAUAUGUUCAGUCGUUUAACCAGGACCAAUUGAAGGGCAAAGCCGUCCGUAACGCCACGUUGGCUAACGGCACAUGUGAGCCCUGCGCGGUUGACGAUGCAACAAAAAAGGCCUACUACCCCUGUGGGCUAAUUGCGAAUUCCAAAUUCAACGACACUAUCGGUCAGCCUCAGAAUCUACAAGGGGAGGGGACACUUGUCUACAACAUGACAAAGAAGGGAAUUGCGUGGGAGAGUGACAAGAAAUUGAUCAAAAAGACGCAGUACAAGCCGUGGGAGGUUGUCCCCCCACCAAACUGGGCCAGUUACGGCCUCAACUACAGUUACGAGAACAUGCCUGAUCUUCAUGAAGAUGAAGAUUUUAUGGUUUGGAUGAGACCGGCCGGUUUGCCAUCGUUCAGCAAGCUUUCUAGAAGAAAUGAUCGUGACGCAAUGCCCAAGGGGUUUUACAGGUUGGAUAUACAGGACAGGUUUCGGGUCACUGAGUACGAGGGGACCAAGGCAAUUUUGAUAUCCACUAGGACUGUGCUUGGGGGCAAGAACCCCUUUUUCGGAAUUGCUUAUGUUGUUGUUGGUGGGACCUGUGUGCUUGUGGGAGUUGCAUUUACGAUUGCACACUCAAUUCGACCCAGGUAUGGUACUCUCGAUGGAAUAUCCUCCCGGCUGUUAAUAGCUUUUUAG